AUGUGCGACGUCCCUCAACAGGAACAGAUCGACCUGCUCGGUCGCCCCGUCCAGAAGUUGGUCGAGCUGAUCAAGGAGCUUGAAACACUUGGUGUAGAGGCGAAGAACCUGCCUCUUCCUAAGAUCGUCGUUGUUGGCGACCAAUCUGCUGGAAAGAGCUCACUUAUCGAAGGUCUGAGCGGUAUCAAAGUUCCACGCAGUGACGGAACCUGUACUCGCUGCCCACUCCAGAUCACUCUCUACAGCGCUCCUGAUGACGGUACUGCCUGGUCUUGCAAAGUCUCGCUCCAACAAAAGUUUUCUUUCAACCCCAACAUUGAUGCCACCAUCCAGGGUCGCUAUGGCAAAUGGCGCGAAGACCACACUCCCACCACCAUUCCCUUUGCAGUCGUCGACGACAGAGAAGCUUUGGCGGGAGUCAUCAGUCGUGCCCAAUGGGCCACCCUGAACCCCGGCGAUAACCCCGUCAAGUACGUCAAUGCAGACAUGGUCGAGAGUAUGCCCAUGAAGGUCGAAUUCUCUCCCAACAAGGUGAUUCUAGACAUCACCGCCCCCGGUCAACCUAGUCUCUCGUUCAUCGACCUUCCGGGUGUGAUUCGUCAGAUGACUACCGCAAAGGACAAAUGGCUGGUCAAUCUUGUUGAGAACUUUGUGACCGAUCACAUCAAGCAGGAUAACUCGCUCAUCCUACUCGCUCGCUCCAUGGAGUCUGAUUUUGCCAACUCGAGCGCCGCUGCCCUGAUCGAUCAAUGCGAUGGAGCACUGAGCCGCACCGUCGGCUGUCUCACCAAGCCUGAUCGCUGGCCUCCUGGUACAAAGACUCAGAUCCUACAGAGUGUCCUUCAUGGUGAUGCUUUUGCAGUUGGCCAUGGAUACUUUGUGACCAAACAGCCGGAUCAGCUUCAGCUCAACAAUGACAUCUCGUCUGAGGAGUCCCGUAGUAAGGAAGACGAGUUCUUUGCUCAAACCCCUUGGAGUAAUGAGCUACAGAUUUUCCAGGAUCGCUUUGGAACCUUUAAGCUCCGAGACGCUCUCUCUAAAAAGCUGACCCACCAGAUCCUUAUUACCUUGCCAAAGAUCACCAGAACUGUCGACGCUCAUCUGCUGGAGAUUGAGACUGAGCUUGCUGGCUACCCUGAUCCCCCGGAGAAUGCUCUCGGUAAGGUACUCGAGGCUCUGAAUGUGUUCCGCGCCUCUGUCGAAAGGCACGUACAUGGCACCCACCCUUACAACGAGAUGCGGAACACACUCAAGGGACUGGCCAACACUUUCGAACGCAACCUACACAAGCUUCGCCCGGGCCUUAUUGUCGCCACUCCUGAAGGUCAUCGUCAAGCCGUAAACAUUCCAACCUUUUCUCUACUCUCCGAUGAUGAGGAUCCCACCGGUACGCCCUGCCCGACCGUCGAGCUUGCUGAGCUUGCUCAGGGUGGUAAAAAGAGAAGGGGCAACUUCAACACCCCCGCCCUAGCAUCUACCUCCAAGAGAAUCAAGCCUGAUAACACUACUGUCUCCAAAAACAGCUCGGCAGGAAACACGGGCAAGAGAACUUUCCGUCUCCUCGAGAUGCGUGAAACGCUUGGCAAGCUGACGGCCUCUGGUGUCCCUGGCGAGGUUGAUCCUCUUGCCGUUGACUACCUUCGCAAGGAAACUGUCGCUGGAUGGGAGCCACCCAUGCUCGAAUUUAUCACUGACGUCAAGCAAGAGAUCCAAAAUAUUCUAGACCAAUUACUCGAAGAGGCUUGCUCCCAAUGGCUCAAUACUGCCUUCUUUAGCGAGGCCAAGAAGAUCGUCAAGGUAUACAUCGCCAACGCCAUGCGCUGCCAGCUCGAGUACGCAAAGCGUGCACUCACGCUUGAGCAACGCAAGCCCUUUACCCUCAACACCAAGGGCUUCAAGCUCGAGCAGGACAACGAGCUUCAGAUUCUCCAGGAAGGUCGCACUACCCAGCGUCUUGUCGAAAAGCUUGACGCGGCCGACCGCGCUGCUGGCCGCAUCAUGGUCGAUCAAAUCGAACGCAAGAAGAAGGCCAAAUCUGAUCUCAAGGCCAGAGCAGACCUUGGUGACGACCCCUUCGAUCAAGAGGUCAGGGUCAUGGCCAAAGUCCGAGGCUACCACAACAUCGCCCUCUCACGCUUCUUGGAUCACGUUGUUCAUGGAAUCAACAACGAAGUCCUCCACGACCUCGAGACUAACCUGAUCCAGCAACUCAAGGCUGGCUUGGAGGUUGAGACGGGCGAGGCCCAUGAGCGCUCCAAGGAGUUGCUCGCCGAGGAUCGCGAGCGUGAGAUUCAUCGCAAGGAGCUGCAGAAGGAGAGAGCCAAUUUCAUCGAGGCUCAGCACAAGCUCGCCCGUAUCGGACAGAUUGGCGAGGAUGUUUGA